AUGAUGAAUCAAUACCAUCAUCCUCAACCAUAUACAAAUUUUCCGUCUCAACAUCAUUUUCAUCCGAAUAACGCAACAAAUACUACAAAUGUUUUCCAAACACCGUCAACACAUUAUCAUUCAGUCGACGAGAAUUAUGUAUAUACACCAUUGGCACCACCCAAACAUCAACUGACAUAUUAUGAUUCUGAAAAUUCCUAUGAACAAUAUUCUUUGAUAGACAAUUCAGCAACAGCUGAAUCAAUUUAUCACCCGAUUCCAUCGUUUGAUCAAUGCCAUAGUUAUUCAAGUGCUUUACCAUUAAAUCAACCAUCCUACGAAGAUUUUUCAUUAUCUAACAAUCAAGCGCAAACUCUUGAACAGUCAUCAAUCGAAGGACAACCCAUUGCUACCGAGACAAAAUAUAAAUGGAUGCAAAUUAAGCGUACACCAGCAAAAGCAUCAGGUAAACCGGCAGAUUGCGUCUCCGGUUCGUCGACAGAAAGCUUAAUAAAUAAUGCAGCAAAUAAUGGUCGAACAAGUUAUUCAAAUAAACAAUUAACAGAACUCGAGAAAGAAUUUCAUUUUAGUCGCUAUUUAACACGAGCGAGACGAAUUGAAAUAGCUACAUUAUUGCAAUUAAAUGAAAAUCAAGUAAAGAUUUGGUUUCAAAAUCGUCGUAUGAAAGAUAAAAAACGAAAACUUGAAACAGAUAAUCUGGCUUAUGAUUCCAUGUGA